UGUACUUGAUGUCUCUUUGAUUUCCAGAUUUGCCAAAUAAGUAAUGUCAGACCUUUUUCCAUACUGUCAUCUACUAACACCCAAUUUUGUCAGAAAACUCACCACUAGACGUUCUGUUAUAAUUUCUUUUCUUUUUUCCAAAUUAAUCUACUCUUCUGUUUUUGCUAAAGAAAUAAUAAUUUUUUUCCUCAUAUCUAAAGAUCAUUAUCUUGUCCUACUGAAGGAUGCACUUGAAAUCAGAUCGUACCUGCAUGAUCGUGCACUAAUGCAAUAUGCUGAUCACAUGGAGGCCUCUAGGAAAUGCCUUCCUGAGCUUCUAAACUUGAGCAUGGGAGAUCUUUCAACUCAUUUUGGAAUGAAAAGAGGUCACGUUGUUCGUUUUAUGGACAGAACGACUCCACGGGCCGUAGAUCCUUUGUCAGCAUCAGCGUAUCUCACACCAAGGAAACGUACCUCUGGGCCUCUCAGAAAUAACAGUAUUUACAAGACACGGCCUUCGUCCAUCAACUCAAGAGGAAGUCCAAGCAUGACAAGAUCAAGUGUAAAACCCAGUGUAGCUUAUGAUAUUUCUAUUGAGCAGUCCAUGGCAGAUUUUAAGAUCAAAGAUGGACAUGUUUUUAAAGGUAUUGUAGCUUCACUGCCUGCUGAACCAAGAGCAUGUGGAUGUGUACAGCCUCCACCUGUUGUUGACAAUGUUGCUCCACUAUCAGCAAUUGAGAAUGUUUCAGUUCAGAAACUUACCCCAGAAUAUAAGGUUGGAAUGGAGCGUCUGGUGAAAAGCAAGACACCUCCCAUGAAGGCUUCAGAACUCUGGCGUGAUAAACCAGCAAUUCUCCUCUGCCUCCGGCGCCCAGGGUGCAUCAUGUGCAGAGCUGAAGCUCAUCAACUUUAUUCCAGAAAACCCAUCUUUGAUGCAAUCGGGGUUCAGUUGUUUGCAGUUAUUCACGAGCACAUAGAACCAGAGGUAAAAGACUUCUGGCCCCGUUAUUGGGGUGGUGGUGUGGUCUAUGACAGAGGAAUGGAAUUCUUUAAAGCACUGGGCGGAGGAAAGCUUCUAAAAGAUAAAUUUAUAUCAGGGUUCCUCUUAAAUCCUCAAGCUAUUGCAAAUUAUAAGAAAGCCAAGGCUACAGGGUUGGAGCAUAACUUCAAGGGGGAAGGUGAGAUAAAAGGUGGCCUCUUCAUAGUUGGCAGAGGAAAGACUGGCAUUGCUUAUCAGUUCAUUGAGAGAAACUUCGGAGACUGGGCACCACUACCUGAAGUCCUUGAUAUCUGCAACCAAUUGCAGAAUCAGCAAAAUCAAUCGGAGUCUGUCAAAUUAUCACAAAAGGACUAAAUUAGUAU